UUUUGGAAAUAUCUUAUCCACAGCAUGCACCUCAUCUAUGCGCUAACAGCGAUGGUGUCGCUCCUUUCGGGAGUGAUCGCCCGUGUAGAUGCGUGGGUUGACUUGGGGAUAGAUAUCAACCAACCGAUGGAGGCUGGGGAUAACUUCUUCGAUGACUUUGUUUCAGAUCCGUUCAGGGCCAAAAGAAAAGAUGGCUCAGAGGGUCUUGAGGAAUUUACCCCCAUAAGUGCCACCAUAGGCCAGUCAGAAAUACAAUACUUUUCAUUUAAUGUCAACACGUCAAGCGGAAUCGGUCUGUACUACGAGUACUUGAUUUUCAUCACCGGGAAUAUCUGUUCACAGCCUGCCAAUCUCACAGAGGAUGAUCCGAGUCUAACUGUAUAUUACUCAUUCAAUGGCAGUAUGUUCCAGAACUUGGAACUAGGGGACAUGGAUUACUUCUCGUCGGGCUACUUCCAAGCGCUUGCCGACGUUCCUGCCACCUCCAACGUCAACGCGGUGCUAUACAUUGCGGUGCAAGCACCUGAGAACACGGAUGCCAGCGCCGUAUGGUCGUACGAAAUGGGGGUGUCACAGAAUGAUUUGGUUUUCCAGUGGGACGACCGUAGCUGGGCGCUGUUGGUUGACACGGACGAGAUAUCGGCGUUGAUCGUGACGGGGAACUUGUCUGAUUCUUCCGGGUUCGACUCGUCAGACUAUAACAUUUCGCAUUCACGGUACUCGCUCUUCAUUUACUCGCACCAGUAUAAAGACUAUUUCCGUGUCUUGAAUAACAGUUGGUGUGCGAUUCGGAGUGGCCCGGCACUUUUCAGCUCGGACUCAGACCCGGACUUGUUCGAGUCCAGUUUCACAACCCGUGGUGGUGGGUGGCAACAGCAGUUCUACGUGGGUGGUCUCAAUAAGUCAACCCAGUACAUUGCGUACUUGAUAUCGGACUUCAGUGGACGGGACUUUGGCGGCGCCGUAUACCAGCCGUUCGAGUUUAAGACGAUGGACAGUGGGGCGUGUAACUUGAUCUACGACCUAGAUUUCUGUGACCAGGUGGCGUAUUCGGUGCCCAAUAGCGAUGCCUAUUCGAAGGAAGAGCUCAAGAGUCUUUUUGACGACCGGGCCCGUAGCUUGUACGCCAACUUCAGUCGGGUGAUGCAGCAGAUUCCAUGUGAUGAAUCAGACGUCCUGGCAUUUCUGCCGUUCCGUACGUGUGACGACUGCGCUGAUAGCUACAAAAACUGGCUUUGUGCGGUGACAAUUCCUCGUUGUUCCACAAGAAACAUUACCGGGUACCGAGAAACCGAGCCAGGAGACUCACGAAACUCCUGGAUCAACGACGUACUCGACCCGGACCUCAUGUACUACGAGAUGCUUCCGUGCUUGAACGUGUGUGAGGCCAUAGUGCGCGAUUGUCCUGCUGAACUAGGAUUUGGGUGUCCGAACUUCAACCGGACGGUGCUCUCGUACUACUGGGAGGACCCUGACGAAGAGUACCCGACGUGCAAUUUUGUGGGUAAGACGGCGACGACCAAGAGUGCUGCACCCCCACGCUACCUCGUCAACUAUGCAUUGGCCUUCGCCACGGUGUUGGUGUUGGCACUUUUAUAGGGUUUUAAUCAACGGUUUAUGUAAG